AUGGAGUAUCAGAUUAAAUUUUUGUUUGCGGAUGCAAGCACCAUCGAAAAGACAUUUAACAGCAACAUCAGUGUAGCUGAAGCCAAGACACAGCUGAUAGAAGCAUGGCCUGCGGAGAAGGACAAGAUUUCUAGUAUCAACGAUCUGAAAAUGAUUUACAAUGGCAAACUCUUAGAAAACGCCAAGACAUUUGAAGAGCUGAAAGUGCCUAUGAACCAACAAGUUAUUAUGCAUCUCCAGCCUAAACCUCCUGUCGCCAAGUUGCAACAACCCGUAGUCACACCAACCAAGCCGAUCGAGCAAACAAGGUUUGUGAUUUAG